AUGCAUUAUUUCCCAAAAUUAGAUAUAAGGAAAUUUGAAUGGGUUCGCAACCCAUUUCUCAUAACGAAUACUUCUGUAUUUGACUUAACUUUGAAUCAAGAAGAAGAAGUCGAAGAAGAAGAAGAAGAAGAAGAAGAAGAAAAAGAAGAAGAAAAAGAAGAAGAAAAAGAAGAAGAAGAAAAACUCAUUUUGCUUUCCAAUAUUCGAGAUUUAAUUUUAAAACAUUCAGAAGAAUCAAUUAAUUUAUUUUGGAUUAACAUUAGAUGCGAUUAUCCAAUGAUAGCCAAAAAAGCUUCAAACAUAUUAUUACAAUUUUCCACAUCUUAUUUGUGUGAAUUCGGAUUUUCAGCAUUAACCAACAUUAAAAUUAAAAUGUAG